ACCCUGCCAGGCAUCGAAAUAACCCGACAGAGGCCCGAGGCCUUCAGGAGCUUGAGCUGGGAUGAGACAGCCGCUCUCCCAGGUCUCCGACCAGCAUCUCGCUCUCGGUCUCCACUGGCAGCUACUACUGCUUCAAUCUGGGCCCAAACAACCGCCCUGUCGCAGAACAAUCACUGGGCAGUUCUCCUCAAGAGGGCCGCCGCAAGUCAGCCAUGUGCGCGACUUACUAGCAAGAUCAAGCCUAACAUAGAGGAGACCACCCUGUACAGACUGACCACCAUUACAGACUGCCCCAGGAUUAUGCCAACUGACAACACUGUGAAGCUCAAGGUACAGGCUACCGUCAAUAAGCAGAGAAAAAUGGGGUGGAAAAAGAGCAGGACACCCCUGGACACUCUUUAUAACGUGGACUCACUGCUAUACUUGGGGGGCCUGUUCAGCCUGCAGUCCACCGGGGAGGAGAACCUGGAAAUGAGGCUCUCGAUUUGGAAGAGCCGUCACCACAGACAGCGCCAUCACACCCGGAUACCUUACAGCCCCCAACCAGGGGAGACCUCUACCUCAUACAUGUGGGUACAACCUCGUGAAUUCCAG